AUGGGGGCCCUGCGCGGCGGCGGCAACGCACGCUGCAGCAGGGCCUGCGACCCCGCGGCCGGGGCGCACCAGGCAGGGGCGGGCGCGGCCCGCACGGCCAGGGAGGCCGGCGCCGGCAAAGCAGCGGGCCGCGCGGCCAGGGAGGCCUGCGGCGACGCCGGCACAGCAGCGGCCCGUCCGGCCAUGGAGGUGGCAGGGGGUGCGGCCAGGGGGCCCUGCGCGGCGGCGGCAACGCUCGCUGCAGCAGGGCCCGCGACCCCCGCAGCCGGGGCGCACCAGGCAGGGACGGGCACGGCCAGGGAGGCCGGCGGCUGCGCCGGCGAAGCAGCGGCCGGGGCGGCCGGAGCAGGGCCCCAGAGGCCCGCUCCCGCAGCGCCAGGGGACGGCCCGGCAGCGCUAGAGGCGCGCCAGGGCAGGGCAGCGGCUGGGGCGCCAGAGGAUGUGCCGCCAGAUCCAGAAAUAGGGGAGAGGAGGGAAGGAGAAGGCCGGCGGCCGGGCGGCCAUGGAGCUAGUCUGAUACCAUGUAAGAGAGGUAGGAGAGAAUAA